AGGGUUACUGUUGGACAAGAACAGGUGAAAGACAAGGUACAAGAAUGAGAGUUAAGUAUUUAAAAGCAGUGUUGAGACAAGAUGUAGCAUACUUUGAUUUGCAUGUCACAAACACGUCUGAGGUCAUCACCUGUGUCUCUAGUGACAGCCUCAUAAUUCAAGAUGUUCUUAGUGAAAAGGUUCCAAAUUUCUUGAUGAACUUCUUUAGGUUUGUUGGGAGCUACCUAGUGGCUUUUGCUUUGUUCUGGAGAUUGGCCAUUGUGGGGUUUCCCUUUGUGGUGCUUCUUCUGAUCCCUGGUUUAAUUUAUGGGAAGACAAUGAUGGGGUUGGCUAGAAAGAUCAGAGAAGAGAGUAACAAAGCUGGUACAAUAGCAGAACAAGCAAUAUCUUCCAUAAGAACCGUUUAUUCCUUUGUGGGGGAAAAUAAGACCAUAGAGGCUUUCUCUGAUGCUCUACAAGGGUCUGUCAAGUUAGGGCUAAGACAAGGCUUAACCAAAGGUUUGGCCAUUGGAUGCAAUGGUGUGGU